CUGUGUGUAGUUGGAAUCAAAACAAACAUGGCGGGAUCUCUGGAAGAUAGAACGUUUUCACUUUGGUUAAAGAAUUUUUGCGAUACUUUUAGAACUUUAUCAGAUAUUCAGAAAAAUCACACAAUUGAAGGUAUUAUAGACAUAUGUGGACCCGAACAGCUGUGUUUUCUUUCCACAAAACUCGAAAUACUCGUAAAAAGGGACUACCUCAAAUGUUUGCCUUUGGAACUGAGUUUUCACGUGUUGAAAUGGCUGGACCCAGUGUCUCUAUGCAAAUGCUGUCUUGUGAGUAAGGAAUGGAACAAGGUUAUUCUCAGCUGCGAUGAUGUUUGGCAAAACGCUUGUAGACGGCUGGGAAUGGAAGGUCACGAUAAUUCUGAAAGAACUCCAUCAACAGUUACCACGUGGAAGCAAAUGUACAUGUCGCACUUGAAGAAUAUGAAAAAAUUAAAAGAUAUAGACGCUGUGGAGAAGAAACAGUUUUAUGGUCACACAGCCCGGGUGUUUGCACUUUAUUGCCGUGGAAACUACCUUGCAACUGGAUCAGAUGACAGAUCAGUCCGGCUUUGGGACUUGAAGACUGGCCAAUGUAAAUAUGUUCUGAAAGCUCAUACUUGUGCAGACAUUUGCUUUGAUGACCACAAGGUCAUUACAGCAUCCUUUGACAAUACUGUCGGCAUGUGGGACUGGAACACAGGAGAGAACUUACAGUUCUUCAGGGGACACACUGCAGCAGUGUUUACAGUUGACCACUGUGAUGAAGUGGACACAAUUGUAAGUGGUUCUGCUGACUCUACUCUCAGAAUAUGGAAAAUGUCAUCUGGACAGUGCCUACAGACCAGAUAUGGACACUCAGACUGGGUAAUAAAGGUUAUCCUGAGAAGAGCUGAAGUGGACUCACGGACUCACGCAAAGAACCAGCUUGUAAUACUAAGUAUGGACAAACGUGCGAUCAAGAUCUGGUCUCUCAGCCAUGACUGUGAAAAAUGUUUGGCAACAUUGAAUCCUUUGGAGUCAAAUGAUCACCUACAGCCCCGCCUUCAGUUUGAUGGACAGACCAUCGCUUGUGCCUCAGAAACAGGAAUUCUGCUUUGGGAUUUCAAAACUCUGCAAAUGGCAAGGGUCUUCACCGAGUCUCCUGCCAAAUGGCUGGUGGCCUAUGGACAUAUGUAUAGUCUGGUCAUGGACAUGAACUCGUUGUAUUUGGUAAGAACUAGAAGUGAGGACACUGUAGCGGAAUAUCCUCUUCCGCCUUUCAGAAGGUCUGUGCGCGGCUCAAACUUUACUCCGGGUGAAACCGGCUGGCUGAACGGGGGACUUACCAGGCCCCAAGAAAGCCUUGUUUUCGCCACAAGCAUGCCGGACUACAGUGUUUUACUGUUCAUGCUCAAAGAAAGCACGUGAUGUGGUGUCG